AUGCAGUUAUCUUCAUCCAUCAUCUCACCCUCAGCUGGUAUGUUUCCUCUCUCUGCGUAUUUGAUAUAAAAAAACUCUGUAUCAGACUAAAGUGCCUCCUUGUUCGUACGACCUCCCAAACAAAAACCACAAACAUCAGCACUUUGUUCACAAUCUGACCGACACAUGCUCUGUUUGUUUCACCGGGGACAAAGUCAACACACACACACACACACACACAGACUCACAUACAGACUCACAUACAAACUCACACAGAGACUUACACACACACACAGACAUACACACUGGACUCACACACAUGGACUCGAGGACUCACAUACACAGACUCACAUACAGACUUACACACAAAGACUCACACACAGACUCACGUACAGAUUUACACACAGAUUCACAUACACACAGACUAACACAAAGACAUACACACACACACACACACACACAGACUUGCACAGACACACAUAGUUACACACAAAUUCACGCACACAAACAGACUCACACAGUCUCUUAUGCAUAGACCUACAGACUUACACACAGACCCACACACAGACUUGUAUACAGAUGCACAGACUCACGGACGGACUCACACACACAGAGACUCACACACAGAGAUACACACACAAACACAGACUCACUGACAGACUAACAUACACUGACUCACAUACACAGACUCUCAUAAACACACUCACUAACACUCACACACAGAUUUACACACACAUAUACAGACUUACACACAGACUCACAUACACAGACUCACACAGACACAAACACUCUCACACACAGACUCACAUUCACAGACUCACACACAAACACAGACUCUCACACACUCUGACACACACAGACUCACAUACACACUCACAGUGACACAAACACUCUCACACACACACUCACACAGACUCACAUACACACUCACACACACACACACUCACACAGACUCACAUACACACUCACACACACACACACUCACACAGACUCACAUACACACUCACACACACACACACUCACACAGACUCACAUACACACUCACACACACACACACACUCUCACUCACAUACACACUCACACACACACUCUCACACACAUAGACUCACAUACACACUCACAGUGACACAAACACUCUCACACACACAGACUCACAUACACAGACACACAAACAUUCACACACACUCACACACACACUCUCACACACACAGUCUAGUGUCCUGAAGGUAAGGAUGGUGGAUGGUUCGAGGCGUAGAGGAUCGAUUCUCCUUCUUAAUGUGAUGUACAGAAAAGUGCUGAGUGCAUGUGAAAGACAGACCCACUGUGUCCUUCAAGUCUCAAUAAACUCUGUGCGAUAGUUUGACUACUUCUCAGUCCGCCUGUGUCUUUAUUUACCGUCUCCAUGGUUACCGUAGAGCCGCCACCCCCCUCCAUACUCAAAUACAUGGAAAUGAUGACAGACUCACUUUUAUUAUAUUUACAUAUGUGCAUGAAGCAGGUGACCACAAAGACCUGCUGUCAUGACACAUACACACCUCAGGUCGAGAAUAGGGGAGACCGGGUUGGUUGUUUCUUUUUUUUUUUUUAUUAUAAACAUCUUUUUAAUGGAAAAUAUUGGAACUCUGCUAAAUUUUGAACACAGCCGUGGUUCUUUGCUUCGGUUGUUACAUGUCAUAAAACAGCAGAAAGAAAGAAGAUGAUUAUUUUUAUUUAUUAUUAUCAUUUUGGAAGAUGAUUAUUAAACACUUUUAAAAAAUGACAUUUUAAGAUUCAUUGUGAAUCCAAAACACUUUAAUUCAAACUGUUAAGCUGUUUUUAUUUUUAUAUCUACCAGAAGUGGAGCAUACUUCAAAAUAAAAGCAUAGUUUAAGAAUGCAGGAAAGAAAAAAAAAAAUGCGAGAAAGAAAAUAAAAAAUAAAAGCCCCUUAAAUGUUUUUUUUUUUUUUUUAAUGAGGAAAGGUCUCCUCUAAAGAAGUUUCAGUCUCAGUUCUGCUGGUGUUUAUGAACGUAUUUAUCCUGAUGCUCCACCUUUCUUAGUUUUACUUCCUGUGCUGCUUUAAAAGUUUUCCAUAAUUAUCGUUAUCAUGAUAUUUGAUGGUCACGAUAAUCAUGAGUAUAAUCAUGAUAAUCACAACGAAGAUUUCACCUUCAGUUCAACACGUCUGCAGACAGUGUGUCCCAUCGUCAUUACAACAAACAAAACAGUAUUUAUGAAAGUGCAGAGAUGAUCUCUUUGUCUGGAAAUCCAAACUCUCACAGAGACUCACUGACUUUUCAGGGACUCUGUUUUUGGAGGAGACUGUUGAAACCCUAAACCAGGCUGGUCCAGGAUCAGCAUAAGAGAAAUGCCAGAGGACUGCGGCUCAUUAAAGCAGAAUGCUGCUCUUGUCAAAUAGGGAGUCAUUAGAAACAGAAGCAUAUGACCCACUUUAGCUCCUGAUUUCUACUCUGAAAAAAGAAAGACGAGGCGUGGGUGUGUGGUCUGUCCGCUGUGGCUGAGUAAUGGGCCGGAUAGUUCUGGGUCUGUGUGUUCUCAUGGUUAAUGAGAGGACUCACCUUGCAGAAGGCCGCAGUGAUGUAAGGUUGCAGGUUAAGGUAACUUCAGUGUUUCUUUGGAGUUAUUUAAUCUGUCCGUGUUUUCUCUGAGAGCGGCUCGGAUCACUUAUCAGAUGGCCUGAUGUUCUCCAUCCAUGCGCUGUGUUGACUCUGACUGGAUGUCUGACAUGUUGCUCACUGAGACAAUAUUGCUGUUAGAUAGUUUGGAUUUUGAUUGGACGUGGAGGGUAAGGUCAUGAAAACAUGUUAUGGACAGAUCACAGUGAGCAGUUUGACGGUGAAGAUAAAACCUUCAGGAGAAGUGAGUCGAUAUCUGCGACAGAGAGGCGUGACGCUGAUGUUUGGAUGUUGGUAUUUUAUUUGUGAAGUGUUUGACAAGUUUGACCGCAGUGGAAAAACUGACCAGGCUGCUUUACAACAAUAUGAAACCCUCUCUGAAAAGCUUUCUUUUAUCGUUAGUGCUGUUUUACUUUCUCUGUAUCAUCUGUGUGCAGGAAGAAAAUAAAUAUCAGAGAAAACAGUUAAAAUAGAGUUUUAUUGGCUGAAGUCUGUAAAAAUGCUCCGAACAAUCACCCUUCUGAUCAUUGAAAAUAAACUAUCCAAAAUAAAUAACAAAUGUCAUAUGAUUAGACCUAAAGUAUUCCUAAUUUUACUGAAACUGAAAAACGGUUAGACUUUCCUAACUGUACGGAGGCAGGAGAUUAAAUAAACCUGAAAAUUAUUUUAGGUCCUGAUCAUGAGGCAGAAAUAUGAAAUUCUGAGAAGGUAAGUCAGAAAGGUUAUAAUUGUUUGUCAAAAGUCAAAAAGAUUAAAAAAUCAUGCAAAAAGAGAGUCAUAGUUGAGAGAUAUAAAGGUCAGAGUUAGAAAUAGUCGUUAUCUUAAAUUCAUAUAUUUUUGUUAUGAGAUAAAAAUGAAACUGAGAUAAUUAAUCAUAAUUUUCAAACUCAUCAUUCUGUUUUAUCACAGAAUUUCUACUUUUAUAAAAUAAAGACUUUUUAUCUCAUAAUCACGACUUUCUCAUAGUUUUGACUUUUAAAGUUAUGAUGUUAUAUCUCCAAAAUUGACUCAUAUUUUCAGAUUUACUUCCUCAUGAAUAUAGAUUACUAUCACACGAUAAUGACUUUAAUCUCAUAAUCAUGACUUUUCAUCCUGUAAUAAUAACUUAUUCUCUCAUUUUAUCUUUUUUAUCACGUUAUUUUGAAUUUCUUUUACAUUUUAAUGAUUUUUCAUGCAUAAUUAUGACCUUUCAUCUCACAGAUAUGUUUUAUCCCAUAACCAUGACUUUUUAUUAAAUUUCUAUAUCAUACCUUCUUAGAAUUAGGACUUACUUUACUAUUAAUUUGACUUUUUGUUUUUAAUUUUAACUUCCUAUCGAGGAUACUCUUUUCACUCAGGCCUGGUUUUUAGCGUUUAGCAUUUAGCAGCAUCCUAGUUCACAGACACUAAGAAGCAGGAUGCUAACAUUAUGCUAACAUUAGCCUUAAGGUAAUCAGUCUGUCUGACAGUAUUCAGACCUGAAACACAGCUGGAUGCUCUUCUGGUGUUUCUUCAUGUUCUUCAUUCGCUGAUCGAUCAGCAUCUGUAAAAUAUUCAUUUCUUUUAUUUACAAAGUUAACAAGAAUCUAGCUGUUAGUUUCUACUCUGAGAUAAUCACAAAAAAUUAAACUCUUCAACAAAAGUGAGAUUUUAAAGUGGAGCAGAAAGAAAAGAGAAGUUUGUGCCCUCCUUUUUCUGACCCUGAGGGGACGAAUGAAUCAUUCAGAGUUCCUCUCAAUGACCUCCUGAUGGGUGCUGUCAUCAUCCAGAGAGGCUGUUCGCUACAUGGGUGUGUGUGUGUGUGUGUUCAUGUGUGUGUGUGUGUUCAUGUGUGUUCAUGUGUGAGCAGUGUAGUGGGCCCAGGCACUGGACGUUAUCUGACACAGUGUUUGUGAGAGUCUGAGACAUGCUCGUCGUGUCCGCCGGGCGACCUUGGCGAACACGGCCGUUGGCUGAGAGAGGUGAUGUGUGUGUGAUGUGUGUGUUUAUCUAUGAGACGAUAUCACGGCGGCCUUGUGGGCUGAGCUCUUAUAUACAGAGGCUCUCAGACGGCCUCAGACAGAAACACGAGUCCUCUCUCUAACAGAGAUCUCUCUGCCGCUCGUCCACGUCUUCCAGGUUUGAAUAUCUGAGAUUUUAUUCUUAAAACUUGUAGAAAACUCCUGAAACAGAAAAAUGCUGCCUGCAACCUUCAAACUGUGUGCCGGCAUCUCCUACCGGCACAUGAGGAACAUGACAGGUGAGUGAGAAGAGCCUGUUUGACUGUCAGCUCCUGCCUCGGCCUAGUUUGACUAAGUUUGACGCUGUUUCCUCUAAAGCUGCUCAGUGUUUCCUUGUUCACGUUUCUCUCUUUUAUUGAAGGGGUUAUGAAUUACACUAACUGAACUCCUCUUCCCUCUCAGGUCUGAGGAAAAAUGCCAUGGUUGCCAUUCACCAUGAGCUGAACAGACUGGCAGGUCCAGGUCCGAGUAACUGGAUCAGUCAAGUCCGCAGACGAAGCUCCAUCCUCAGUGAGUUUUUCUUCGAUCGCAGCGAUAAACGGUUUUUGGUUUGGGUUUAAAGAGAUGUGUAACCAGUCUGUGCUCCUUUAGGUUCUCGUAUUGAAGAGGAGGAAGGAUACAGCGAGGAGGAGAUGUCUUAUGUGAAACAAGGUGAGGAUGCUCUGAAGAAGGCCAUCAGCAUCCUCAGCGAUCAGGACGGCUGGACUCUGGAAACUGUGGCUGUGAGUAUCACAGGUGCAUCAGGAGAAAUCCAGGAGAUGGUCUGAGGUUAUAGUGGAUUUUUCUUUACAGGCGAAUGGAGACAAAGUCCUGAGUAAGACUCUGCCUGACAUCGGGAAAGUGUUCAAGCUGGAGGUGACGCUGGAGCAACAUCCUGACAGUCUGUACCAGGAGCUGGUGGGAAACAUAGAGCAGAUGGGGGAGUGGAACCCCAACGUCAAGCAGGUGAAGGUGAGAGACUCAGCUCAGAGCGUAAACAGGGACUGUUGUAGACCUUCAGAGGACUGAAACCAAGUUUCUCACCGGGAUGUGACAGAUUCUUCAAAAGAUCGGCGUGGAUACGAUGGUGACACACGAGGUGUCUGCAGAGACACCCGGGAACGUGGUGGGACCCAGGGACUUCGUCAGUGUCCGCUGUGCCAAACGCCGCGGCUCCAGCUGCUUCCUGGCUGGGAUGUCCACGCAGCACCCAAAGAUGCCCGAGCAGAGAGGUGUGGUCAGGUGAGUCCCAGAAAAACGAUGAACGUGUUACAGAAGACGUGCAUCAUGUGGAGAAUAAACAGAGGAACACAGAGCAGUUAUACUAAAGGUGAAGACCAACAACUGCAAACUGAAGCGUCUCUGGAAAAGGAAAUCACAGCAGAAGGAUCCUGGAGCAGCUGUAUGAUACGACACCAUGAUAUAAUAUAGUAUAAUAUAAUAUAAUAUGAUAUAAUAAUGUAUAUAUACAGUAUUUAUGUAGCUCCAAGUCAGAACCAAAAGAGCUGGUCUAACCUUUGGAUGGAAGAUCCAACGUAAAGAUCUGGUACAACUCUGAACCUGAUAAAAUAACACUGAAAAAAUAUGAAACUGUAAAAUACUCUGAGUUAUGGUAUGAUAUAUAACAUCAUAUGGUACAUAUUUAUACUAUACUAUUAUGAUAAAAUACGACAUGUUAGGAUAUAUUAGGAAACAUUACAAUAUUAUACAAUACACUACAAUACUUCAUGACACGAAAACAUACAAGAUACAGAACUAUACAAUAUGAUAUGAAUAUAACCACACACUAAGAUUCUAUAUAAUAUUAUACAAUAUGAUAGAUUAUGAUCUAAUACUAUUUAAUACCAAACAUCAUGAUAUGAAAUGAUAUGAUAAAAAAGAUUUAAAUAUGUUUUCUCUACACUUUACAAUAAGACAGGAAACUAAACGAUACGGUUUGAUGUAAUUCUGCGAGAUCUGAGAAGUGAUGAGACAAAAAAACAAGUUUUUUAAUGAACUUCCUGGAAAACUGAGGUUUUAGAGAUACGAGAUUUCUGUGACGACACGAGACGCUUCAUCAUAGAGAGAUCACAAGUAGAACAUACAGUACACAGAUUUUCACGUAUUUCUAUAUACAAAUACAUUUAAAAAACAACUACACACACCUCAGUGAGACAAAGACUGUUUGUGUUUCAUAUUUUAACCACUGUUCUCUCUGUGUUUGUCUCAGGGCGGAGAACGGCCCCACCUGUAUAGUCCUGAAACCCUGCGCUGAAGACCCCGAUAAGACCAAGUUCACCUGGUUGCUCAACAUAGAUCUAAAGGUAAAAGACUAGAUCCGGUCUGCUCAGAUCUUUAACAGUAUUUCAUCUGAUCUAACGGCGUCUGUGUCUCUUCAGGGCUGGAUCCCAAAGACCAUCAUAAACAAGGUGCUCUCUCAGACGCAGGUGGACUUCGCCAACCACCUCAGGCACAGGAUGGCUAAUAACGUUUCCAUGGAGAUGGCUCACGCCUGCUGA